AUGAUUGGACAGAAAACCGAGCAUGCACAACGACAUGGUGCGUUCAUCAGUUGGCAGUUGCUCAAACUGUCAACCCGGGGCCUUGCUCCCGGCAUGGUGAUGCAUGGACAGGUGCCGGUAGCACGGAAGCUACAUGAGUGUUGGGGGUGGAUGUUCUUCUGGUGCAUGCAGUGCGUCAGCCCGAUCAGCUGCCCCCUUCGCUUCCAGGCGCGAUGUCGGCCAGCUGGCCGUGCGACGGGAACGCUGGCCGUAGGCCAUUUGAACGUUUGUAGAGGUUCUGAGAGCACUUUCGUGGAUGGCUUUUCUUCUGUGCAAGCAGCACAGAGGUUCGAAGGAACCACACGAGCGAAGUACUUAAGGCGCCUAAGACACCGCCGGUGGUGUGCGCAGUUUGAGUAUCCUCGCACUUUCGGAUAUGUUCUGAAGUGGAACGAUAAAGCUGGGGAGGGCGUCGUCAUAGACCAGGAACAGACCCAGAAAUAUCUGGUCAUUCGCGAUGAAAUUGGGGCCUCCUACCAUGCUCACAAGACACUGCAAGUGGCAGAGUUCGUGGAGUUUUUUGCGACGGAUGAGAUGGAUGAGGCAUCAGUAUACACAGUGCAGUUUUCAAUUGCGUCUUUGGAUUCAUGUUGA